AUGUCCAAUUCACUAAAUUCUAGAUGGGUUGUUCAAGUCUCCUUGACUGUUAUUAAUAUAAUUGGAUUCCUCGUGUUUCUAAGAGGUUUUUUCCCAUCAAAAGUUGUUCUCCCGGGGUUUAGCUCAUUUGAAGAUUCAACGAAAACUCCAUUUUCGGAUCAAUAUGGGAACCCACAAUUCAACAGGUUUAUUCUUAUGGUAGUUGAUGCAAUGAGGUCAGAUUUCUGCUUUAGUGAGAGAUCAAAUUUCCAGUUUUUGCAUCAAUUGAUCAACCAGGGUCAUGCCUUACCAUUCACUGCUUUUUCUAACCCGCCCACGGUAACGUUACCACGUUUAAAAGGUAUCACCACUGGAGGUACACCGAAUUUUUUAGAUGCAAUUUUAAACGUUGCUGAUGAUCAAGACGACUCACAGGGAUUGCACAACCAAGACUCAUGGAUUCAUCAGUUUAAACAUACAAGUAAUAAGACAAUAAACUUUUUCGGGGAUGACACAUGGUUGAAAUUAUUUCAAAACGAGUUUACGGAAUUUGAAGGGACUAAUUCUUUUUUCGUCAGUGAUUUUACUGAAGUUGACAAUAAUGUUACUCGUCAUUUGGACGACCAAUUAAAUAGUAACAAAUGGGACGGGUUAAUUCUACAUUAUUUGGGAUUAGACCAUAUUGGUCAUAAAGGCGGACCAGAAUCACCGUACAUGAAACCAAAACAAAUAGAAAUGGAUAGAAUUUUGCAAAGAUUAUACUCAUAUGUUACGAAAAAUGACGAUGCAUUGAUAGUUUUAAUAGGAGAUCAUGGGAUGAAUGAGAUAGGAAACCAUGGUGGCUCUUCACUUGGUGAGACCUCAGCAGCACUUUCAUUUAUUUCCCCUAAAUUUAACCAUAAAGGCAAAUCACCAUUACCAUAUAAUUCGGACUACACGUAUCACCAUAAAAUCAAUCAAAUAGAUUUAGUGCCCACACUAGCAGCGUUGUUGAAUUUUCCAAUUCCGAGAAACUCACUUGGUGUGAUUGCCAAAGAAAUGCUAGACAUUUGGCCUGAAAACCAGCGAGUUGAAAUAUUAUAUGAGAAUUGCGCACAGAUUAUGAAUUUGUACGAAGCAAAGUAUGGAGCAUCCGGAGAAGUUUGGACACAAUGGGAAACUUUGCAAGUUAAACAACACCCAAUUGCUGAUUAUUAUGAAUUCCUUCAAGAUAUUCAAUCAGAAAUGGCCUCUUCGGCAACAAAUUAUGGUUAUAAAGACAUAUAUGCGGGUGCAUUAAUAUUAGUAAUCACUGCUGUAGCGGUUGUUGUGGUCUUUAAUCGUUAUUUUUUGACAGUAUCAAAUAUGAGCAUUUAUUCGGUUUUGUUUUAUGAAUUGUUUGUUGUUUUGUAUUCAUUGCAUUUCCACGGUUCAUCUUUAAUUGAAGAAGAGCAUCAGAUUUGGUAUUUUUUCACUACUGCAACACUUUUGUUUCUAGCAAUUACCUUCUUUGAUACAUUCAAGGAUUUGCAAACCUUUAUAUCUUUUGGAGUUUUAUUUGCUUGUGUUAGAUUUAUGCGGUCAUGGAAUAACAGUGGUCAAAAAUACUCUUCUCAAUACAACAUUGCAUAUUACUUGUCGCAUUCCAAUCCAAAUUUGAUGUGGGGGCUUAUAAUUUUAACUUAUUUUGUGCUUACUUUGUGUAUCUACCUGCAAGGAAGUCUAGUGCCAACAUUUGCUUUUACUUUUGGGAAAAGAUUACCAGAUGUAAAAGACCCCGGCGGGUUAAUUUCAUUUAUUGUUGUAUUUGUAGCAACAUCAGUAUCAUUCCUGUUCAAGUUAUUGCAAUAUUAUAUUGAUGGAAACACAAUACCGAAAUGGCUCAAUAGAUUUCUUUUAUGGAUUAUAGAAUCACAUCACAUAGAUAUGGCAAAGGCAGCUCUUGAAGAUAAUGAAUUGAAGUUUCAAUUACAAGGUGUUUGUAUCCAAUUAUCAAAAUUCACCACAAUUAUUCUACUGGUAUUAUUAGUUUCUCGUGUGAUAAUUGGGAAAAUCAGAAAAAUCCGUUAUGGAACAAUCACCGAUAUUACCAACAUUAUGACAAUCUACCUUGUACAUCAAACCAGACAAGAAAACAUUCCAAUGUUUUUAGCAUUAAUGCUUGCCAAAUUUGCCUUGUCUAAAUUAAUAUAUCGCAAGACCAAUCGAAUUGAUCAAUAUAUUUUGACAGUAACGGUGUCUGUUCUUUGCUUACAAAAUUUGUCUUUUUUCUGCAUGGGGAACACAAAUCUGUUAGCCACCGUGGACUUGUCAAAUGCAUAUAAUGGAGUUAAAGCAUACAAUGUGUUUUUGGUCGGGUUAUUAACAUUUGUGUCCAAUUUUGCUGGUCCUAUUUUUUGGUCACUUUCGGGAUUACAACUUCUUUAUGAACCAAGCUUAUUGAAUUUCAAUGGACCAGCUACUACUGAUUUGUUACAUUACACUGGAUUGAAGAAAUCAAUCUUACUAAUCAAAUCAUUGAUUAGUUUGUUUUUCUACACUGUAUCUGCAGUGAAUUUAGUUGGAUCAUGUAUCAAUUUAAGGUUCCAUUUGUUUAUAUGGACAGUAUUUUCUCCCAAAUUGUUAUUUUUUGGAAGCUGGAUUUUAUUUGUCAAUGUAUUGAUCGAUUUAAUUUUGGCAGUAACAGUAUUGUUGCUCUAA